AUGAUAAAACAAUUCUGGGAGGAGAAAAAGGAGCCACAUCCACCAGGGCUUGACGGCAUGGAAAUGGUCCAGUUGAUUGACAUAGUCAGAGCUUGUCUACAGCAGAAAAGGUAUGUAGUCGUCUUUGAUGAUGUUUGGAGUAUUGAUUUAUGGAACAGUAUAGAGAAGGCAUUAGUUCUUAAUGGUUGUGGUAGUAGGAUCAUGCUUACUACACGCAUGGUUGAGGUAGCCAAUUACUGUGUUGAAUCUCCCAGCCAUGUCUACACACUCCAACCUCUACGUUUUGAAGAUGCAUGGGAGCUCUUCUGUAAGAAGGCUCUGGGGGGCGAUUGUCCUCUGGAGUUGCAUGAGUGGUCUGUUAAAAUUGUAAACAAAUGUGAUGGGAUGCCGCUUGCAGUUGUGACAAUCGGUGGUCUUCUGUCAACCAAAGAUAGAACUGCUUCUGAAUGGAAGUUGUACGUUGUAUGA